AUGUCCUUCUCCAGCAUCCCGAUCCUCGACCUCUCGCUUGCGCGGGACCCCACGACCAAGCCGCAAUUACUCAACGAGCUCCGGCACGCCCUGCUGGAAGUUGGCUUCCUGUACAUAAAAAACACAGGCAUCCCUGAGAACUUAAUUAAUGAAGUUAUCUCGUUGGGCAAAGCCUUCUUCGACCUCCCGGAGGAGAAGAAGCUCGAGAUCGAGAUGAAAAACGCGCCCUCCUUCCUCGGCUACAACAAGCUAGGCAUGGAAAUCACCCGCUUCAAGACCGACUGGCGCGAACAGAUUGAUUUGUCGACGCCACACCCAGUACCUGGGCCAGAUGAUCCCCUGUACCGGAACCUGCUGGCCCCGAACUUGUGGCCCGACCCGCACGCCCUGCCGGGCUUCAGGGACGUGUACGAGGAUUAUAUGGCCAAGAUGGGCGACAUGAGCAUGGAGUUCACGAGCCUGAUAGCCGAAGCAAUCGGCUUGCCGAGGGAUGCGUUCGCACAGUUCUUCGACGAUGCGCAGCAGCAUAAGCUCAAGAUUGUCAAGUACCCUGACUUGGAGGAGUUGGGGGUCGAAGGCGAGGCGCAGGGUGUGGGGCCCCACAAGGACAGCAUGCUGACGAGUUACUUGCUGCAAGCGAGCCAUCAUCGCGGUUUGCAGGUUCAGAACGCGGAGGGUCAAUGGGUCGACUGUCCGCCUAUUGACGGCACGUUUGUGGUCGCCAUCGGGCAGGGCAUGGAAGCGUUGACACAAGGAGUGUGCCAGUCGACAACGCAUCGUGUGCAGAGUCCAGCGCGCGGUUCGGGGGCCAGAUACAGCAUCCCGUUCUUCCAGGGUGUGAGUUAUGAUGCGACGUUCGAAAGUAUGGACGUGCCGGAUUCGGUGAAGAAGCUGAGAGCAGAUAUCCUGGAGAAGCGGGGAGGUCAGAGGCUCGAUGAUAUAGAGUUCACCUUCAUCAAGGGCAUGUGGAGCCGAUUAGGCGAGGCGACCUUGAUGAACAGAAUUAAGAGCCAUCCCGACGUUGGGGAGAGAUGGUAUCCUGAACUUCUGAAGAAGAUCCGAGCGGACCAGGCGGAAGAAGCAGCCAAAUUUGCGGCCACAGAGAAGCCGGCUUCGACGAAAUCAACGCCCCUUCCCACACAGCCACAGUCCAUAUCAGCACACUGA